AUGUACCCGCUUAGUACAUAUUAUUCAGAGGAAGUGCGAAAAUGGCAUGUAAAUCAUCCUGGUAGAGUAGUUACUGUACAUCAAAUUCCUAAACUAUUCAAACCAUCAUUUUUGAAAGCAUGUACUAUGCAAAAAGCAGUAAAUGGAUUUGAAAAAACAGGAAUUUUCCCAAUUAAUCCAGAUAUAUUUCCAGAGUGCAUGUUUGCUCCAGCAGAAACUACAGACAUUCCCAAUGAACCUGAUAAUUCUAAUUCUGAUGCUUUUGCUAAUGCUAAUACUGACUGUGUUAAUUUGACUGGUGAAUUUCAGAAUAAUCAUUGUGAACAACUGGUUGUGAAUUCUGAAGACUUAAAUGAAAACAACUGUAGAAUUUCUAUUGGGGAAAAUCCUGGAACAAGUGGGACUCAAAAAAAUGUAUCAGUUAAUAAUUCUGAAUCUCCAAGCACACCUAUUUUAGUAAACUCCAACUCCUUUUUACAAAAAUCACCCAAAGAUAUCAUCCCAAUACCAAAGAUGACAGGAAUAACUAAACGUGUAUCUAAAAAUAGAGGGAAAACUGCAAUAUUGACUGAAUCUCCUUAUAAAAGAGAACUAGAGAAAAUGAAAGAAUUAAGUAAACCUAAGACUGUUUCAAAAUUAAAUUUCAACAUGAAAUCCAAAAGACUGCAGAAACCAAAGAAAAGACUGACAACAAAAUUAAAAGAUGAUGAUGACAUUAUUUGCCCUGGUUGUUCAUAUCAAAAUGUUGUUGAUAGCUGGGUAAAGUGUAACAUAUGUGAUGUUUGGUGGCAUGAAAAAUGUACCUCAUAUGUCCAAGGUGCAUUUGUGUGUGAUUAUUGUUAA